CUCUUUCUCUCUCUCUCUCUUCGCCAUGGAUUGAUUCCACGAGAAGUUUUCACCAAACCGACCCUUCCCCCACGAUCCACUCCGAAUCCGGCGCACGAUAGCAUCCCCAGGGCACCCAUUCCUCAUCGUUCCCAUCCUCCUCCUCCCUCCUCUUCUUCUUCGCCCCUUCUUCCUCUCCCCUUCUUGCUACGGGUCCUUAGACGACGACGAAGCAACCCUAACCGCGAUGGUAGCGAUCGUGCGCGGCUUGGUCUCGCGAUAGGGCGAUCUCGCCCGAUCGGAGCGGUUCGGGGCGGUGGAGGGGUAUGAAGAACCGCGGGGAGAGGACCGUGAGGGAGCUCUACGAUCGCACGGAAAAGAUCUCGAAAUCGGAGGUAACACCGCUACUCGGAGCGAGCUAUUGUGUUGAGCGACCUGUUAGUGAGUUGGACCAUGAGUUUUUAAUGAAAGAGGUUAGUUCUCCAUCUAGAAAAAGUCAAAUGUCAAAAGAUAGCCCUCGAGUCAGAACAGAAUCUGGCACUUGCAAUGUGUGCUCUGCUCCUUGCUCCUCUUGUUUGCAUCGAAGUCGCUCGCUUAUGAACUCAAAUGCUGAGUGUAGAUUGUCUGAGAAUGAUAGCUGUUCUUUUAUUAGUGGAACAAGUAACCUAUUAAGUGCUACUUCGAGUCAUGAUUCCUACUCUCAAAAUGCGGAGAGUAAAGCCACGUUGAAGUCCUCUGCUAUGUGUGAUGCGUCUGAAGUUGUCGACAUGCCUUUAGAGGAACCUUUAGGUGGAUCAGGUGGAGACGAUCAGCAUCUUUUUACAAAUAAGUCCUCAAAUUCUUGUUCCUCCCAUGGCCACUCUAAUUCCGAUUCACAUCUACGAAGAAACUUAAAACAACAAGAGGAACAUUGCAAUGUUGAAUGCCACGGUGAUAAUAUGUCUUGCUCAAUGGAUCAUGUUCAAUCAUCAUGUGGCGACCAUUUGACUUCUAAUAUUAUUGAAGGAGCGAAAUCAGAUGUUCUCGUGAAGUAUGAAGGUAGCGACACAAAUAAUAUUAAGAGCGAAUCUCCACCAAGGGAUUCAAUGAAUGGUACUUCAUUAUUGAGGACUGAAGCUGGAGUAAAUAGCAAGAUACAACCCUGUGAAGGUGUCAAGUGCGGCAAUAAUGACAAACAACAUGAAAAUCAAAAUCCAGCUGAUGAUCAGGGGCCUCAGAUGCAAGCUCUGGCAAUUACUGAGAAUGAAAAUGCUGACACAGAUGGUCUAUUGGAUGUUAAAGUCUGUGAUAUAUGCGGUGAUGCAGGCCGAGAGGAGCUUCUAGCUACAUGCAGUAGAUGUAGUGAUGGUGCAGAGCAUACUUACUGCAUGCGAGUGAUGCUGGACAAAAUUCCCGAAGGCGAUUGGUUAUGUGAGGAGUGCCAAUGUAAGGACUCAGAGAAGACAAAGAUCGAUUCUCAAAGUACUUCUGGUACACCCAGAGCAGAAUGCCUGAAAGAAAAUAGCCAGACAACUGGAAGCACUUUCAUCCUCAAGAAGCUGGACAUAAGGCAAAGUGAUCAUGAGGCUGGAAAAUUGUUGCCACAAAAAGCAGAUAAGUGGCCUGUCGAUGAUGUAGAUGUUCCUUGUACGACCGGCAAAAGGGUUUUGGAAAUAAGUGGUGGGUUGUUGGAGAAAGGGAGUCCAAGGAAGAAUAUUGUCUUGUCUCGUGAAAGUUCAUUCAAGAACUCUGAUACGAGAAUUGUAAAGUCAACCAACAAUGCUGUAACUAGUUCUCCAACCCUCUCACGCCAGUAUUCAUUAGGCAACAUAUCUAUAGGUCAAACACAACUUAGUUCCCCUCGAGGCUUUUUAUCGAAGCAAGCUUCUUUCAGCAACUUGAACAUGAAGCCUAAAGUCAAACAAUUGAUUGAAAGUGCUCCCCAUAGGCAAUACAUGGCCAGAAAACUAACUAAAUCUGAGUCCUCUAAGAGCCUGGACUUGGGCCGUUCCAAAUUUGGCCCGGCAGGUCAAAAGCAGUUCCCUAAUUCCCCUCGAGCAGAGCAACUUAGAGACCCAAGACCAAUGAAGGAGAAGAAUGUGCCGGAAAAGAAGAGUUCCUAUAUUCUAGACCGCCCCACAAUUUGUCCAUCGCCAAAGUGUGACAAUUCUAAUAAGGUGGAUCCGAAGGUUGCUAAGCAUGAUAGCAAGUUGAAUAAAAAGUGUGAGUCAAACAUGUUUAGCAUCAAUAAAGAAACGGAUGACGCCGAAAAUUUAGCACAUGUUGAAGUGAAGAAGCAGAAGGCCCAUAUAUCUGAAAUUCAUGGAAGGAGCAAUACAGAUGAGCAAAAGCCAUGCAAAGUUGUUCCUAAGGAAGGUGGUUGUGUGAUUUCUAAUGCAAACAGUAAAGACAAAGAAAACAGUAGCAAAAGCAGUAAGUGGAAAAGUGCUGCUAUGGCAGCUAUUUCAAUGACUAGAAUGCCAAAUAAGAAAAGCUCUAUAGACAAGCCUGGUGAUUGUUCUACCUUGCGGGUUGACACUACUUGUGAUGUAGCUUCUAAAGAUAUCCCGUCAAAUGCGAAUUUGCGGGAGAACUCGUCUUUGAAAGUGACCACAGACCAGAAAGAUGCCUUCAGAAGGUCUGCUGGUGAUUUGUGUGAAGCAGAGCCCACAAUCAAAGUGCAACCAGCCAGACAGCAGGCAGAAAGUUCGAAUGUCCCCAGUUCAGAUGAGCUGGGCAGAAAAUCCUCAGCGCAAGCUUAUUAUGAUCAGUCUUCUCUUCUUCGAAAUCCAUUUAGAGCCCGUGUUAUUCCGGAACAUGAAUUCAUCUGGCAGGGCUGUUUUGAGGUUUUAAGAUCUGGAGGAUUUACUGAAAUAUUUGAUGGGAUUCAAGCUCACUUGUCAAGUUGCGUGUCACCUAAAGUGCUUGAAGCAGUUAAACAAUUCCCUUGCAGAGUACAACUGCAGGAAGUUCCUCGUGUUAGCUUGUGGCCUUCACAAUUUCAAGAAACAAAUCCGAACGAAUUCAACAUCGCUCUUUUUUUCUUUGCGAAAGAUAUUGAGAGUUAUGAAAAUGCUUAUCAGAAGCUGUUGGCAAAUGUGCUAAAGGAUGAUUCAGCUCUGAAAGGAAACAUCAAUGAUGUUGAGCUUCUGAUAUUUGCAUCUGACAAGUUAACAGCGAACUGCCAACGUUGGAAUAGGUUACUUUUCCUUUGGGGUGUUUUCCAAGCCACAAGGUUAGAAUCCUCAAAGGAGCUGCCUCCUUCGCAGGAAAAACCAUCCGAGUCCAAUUUAAAUAGUAAUCCAAUUUCUCAAGAUUUAUGUCAGCAAACAGAUUGUUCCACUGAAAAGAAGAAUUUGCAUGAGAAUCUGGAAAAGAAAUUUUGGGGCAUUGAAAAAUCAUCCAAACUGAAAGAAGAAAAGUCAAAUAUGGAUUUUCAGCAAUUUGCGUCUUCUAAAUCAGUGGAUACAGUAGUAUUUAAGCCACCACAACAAUUAUCUGUCAGACAGGCAGGUCCUGAGAAUAGGUUGUCAGGGCCAGCUUCUUCGAAAAGCUUGUGCCAGCUGUCUAAUUCGCUUCCUCCUUGUGGAUCUGAGCUUCAUACAAGCAUUGAAUUGCAUAAUUUGUCGGUGAAAAGAUAUUCUAUUAACCUGAACUCUGCUAAUAAUCUUGAAGAACCCAGUUGUGCUGCGAUAUCCCCAAUUUACAUGGAAGCAGGUUCCUCAGAGAAUAAGCCAAGUGUUAUCUCAGCUCGUUCAGAUUCGAGACAAGGCACUGUAGGCAGAGAAAGCGUGGGCAUAAUUACAGACAAAGGAAGGUCCAUAAAACACGAAGCUUUAUCAUACAGUGAACCCCAGGACCAACUGAAGGUGACUGACCAUCUAAAUUCAGAUGUCAAGCUUAUAAAUAAGCGGCCUCGCUCAUCGUCUGUGGAAAUAACGUCACACUGUUCUGUUGAAACACCGAGGAGGACUAAUGAGAUAAUCUCAUGGAACAGCAAGGCCCACUUCAUUUCUCCUGUUGACGAACCAGAAUUUAAGAAGACCAAAUAUUACGAGGAAGGAUAUGCCGAUACUAGUUCGAGAAACAUAAAUACUUCCGAUAGUUUAUCCUCAUCAAAGAUACGCCAGUUAUUCCCUCUAGACAUCAAUGAGCCUCCCACAGAUGAUCUUUGUGGUGAAUCAGUCUUUGCAAAUGACUCAGAAAGAGCUGCCGAAAAGCAGUUCCUUGCAGUGGACUCACUUCCCGUCAAGAAUGCUAAUCUUGAAAAUGUCAUCCAUGUUCUCUCUUCGGACGAUGAAGGGCUUCCUGAAUCCACUACUACAGAUCUUGAACUAGCACUUGGAAUGCCUUUGUUCUCCCCGCUCGUCAAUUCAAAAGGGAUUCGGAAUGAGCUAUUUCCUAGUUCGUCAGUAAAUAAUGAAGACGACCUCUCUGCAUCGCUUUCUCUAUCUCUCAGCUUUCCUCAUAUGGCAAAUGAAAAGGCUGAUUCGUUUCUGAGCACAAAGCAGUUCUUGCCAGAAAGGCCUGGUAUAGAACCAUUCUUUCCUUCGGUCAGGUAACUUCACCAUUGGUCGUUGUAAAUUAUUGUCGUAGUAUAAUCCAUAGCAAUAGACUAGCUCUUCCCGCGUGUCUAUAACCACAAAGAAUGUUUCUCUUUUUUUCCUUACUUUUUUCUACCUCCUAGACUAACGGCUAGUUGUAUAUAAGAGAAGGCUUUCGAUUGCGACACACUGUAGAACUCCGGUGGUAUGUUUACUGUUGGGGCUUUGUGGUGGCACAGUAUAUAUAUAUAUAUAUAUAUAUAUAUAUAUAUAUAUAUCUAUGCUAUGUUUGCUGACCUCUGUGGUAGUGGUCAUAUCCUAGGUUGUCUGUGCGUCGACAUUCUCUUUCUUUCAAGUAGUCCAACCAAGAACUUGUUGAAAAUUCUUGAAACUUACUGUUAAGUGGCAGGGACUCGCGAUGGAAUAAUCUCUGGAUUAUUGUGAUGUUA